CUGUGAGGGCCGCUAUGGCGAACGCUCCGUGGGCCGAGAUCAGCGAGAAAUUCCAGGCGGCGCUGGCCCUUUCGCGGGUGGAAUUGCAUAAAAACCCGGAAAAGGAGCCGUACAAGUCCAAAUACGGUGCCCGAGCGCUGCUGGAAGACGUCAAGGCGCUGCUCGGCCCCGCGUCUGAGGACGAGGACGAGCGGCCCCAGGCCGAGGACGGCUCGGGCGCGGGGGACCACGCCCUGGGGCUGCCCAGUGAAGUGGUGGAGGCCGAGGAGCCUGCUGCCCAGCAAGCGGUGAGGCUGGCGGUGAUUGAGUUCCACCUCGGGGUGAACCACAUCGACACGGAGGAGCUGUCGGCGGGGGAGGAGCAUCUGGUGAAAUGCCUGAGGCUGCUGCGCAGGUACCGGCUCUCGCACGGCUGCAUCUCCCUCUACAUCCAGGCGCAGAAUAAUCUGGGUAUCUUGUGGUCUGAAAGAGGAGAAAUUGAAACUGCACAGGCUUACCUAGAAUCAUCAGAAGCCCUAUAUAAACAGUAUAUGAAAGAGAUUGGGAGUCCUCCUCUUGAUCCUUCUGAGCAUUUUCUUCCUGAAGAAGAGAAACUUACUGAACAAGAGAGAUCAAAAAGAUUUGAGAAGGUUUAUACUCAUAACCUAUAUUACCUGGCUCAAGUCUACCAGCAUAUGGAAAUGUUUGAGAAGGCAGCCCAUUAUUGCCACAGUACGCUAAAACGCCAGCUGGAACACAAUGCCUACCAUCCUAUAGAGUGGGCUAUUAAUGCUGCUACCUUGUCACAAUUUUACAUCAAUAAGCUGUGCUUUAUGGAGGCCAGGCACUGUUUAUCUGCUGCUAACGUCAUUUUUGGUCAAACUGGAAAGAUCCCAGUCACAGAAGACACUCCGGAAGCUGAAGGAAGUGUGCCAGAGCUUUAUCAUCAAAGAAAAGGGGAAAUAGCAAGAUGCUGGAUCAAAUAUUGUUUGACUCUCAUGCAGAAUGCCCAACUUUCCAUGCAGGACAACAUAGGAGAGCUCGAUUUUGAUAAACAGUCUGAACUUAGAGCUUUAAGGAAAAAAGAGCUAGAUGAGGAAGAAAGCAUUAGGAAAAAAGCUGUGCAGUUUGGAACCGGUGAACUCUGUGAUGCCAUCUCUGCAGUGGAAGAGAAAGUGAGCUAUUUGAGACCUUUAGACUUUGAAGAAGCCAGAGAACUUUUCUUAUUGGGUCAGCACUAUGUCUUUGAGGCAAAAGAGUUCUUUCAGAUUGACGGUUAUGUCACUGACCAUACUGAAGUUGUCCAAGACCACAGUGCUCUGUUUAAGGUACUUGCAUUCUUUGAAACCGACAUGGAGAGACGGUGCAAAAUGCAUAAACGCAGAAUAGCCAUGCUAGAGCCCCUAAUUGUAGACCUGAAUCCACAGUAUUAUCUGUUGGUCAACAGACAGAUUCAGUUUGAAAUUGCACAUGCUUACUAUGACAUGAUGGAUUUGAAAGUUGCUAUUGCUGACAAGCUAAGGGACCCUGAUGUACACAUCAUCAAAAAAAUAAAUAAUCUCAAUAAGUCAGCAUUAAAGUACUACCAGCUCUUCUUAGAUUCCUUGAGAGACCCAAAUAAAGUAUUUCCUGAGCAUAUAGGGGAAGAUGUUCUUCGCCCUGCUAUGUUAGCUAAGUUUCGAGUUGCCCGUCUCUAUGGCAAAGUCAUCACUGCAGAUCCGAAGAAGGAACUAGAAAAUUUGGCAACAUCAUUGGAACAUUAUAAAUUUAUUGUUGAUUACUGUGAAAAGCACCCUGAAGCUGCCCAAGAAAUAGAAGUUGAGCUGGAACUCAGUAAAGAGAUGGUUAGCCUUCUCCCAACAAAAAUGGAGAGAUUCAGAACCAAGAUGGCCCUGAGUUAAUCCUUGUUUUUAAAGAAUGGAAAUGUACAAUAUUGAGGUGACUUUUCCUUAGUCAAACAGGCCCAAUUCCAUUGUGAUAUUUACCUAUUUAGCCAGAUGAGUGCAGUUUGAGCUUGACAUACACACAGACCCAACUGAGUCUUUCCUAGGACCUUAACAUAAAGUUAAUUAAUAAUUUCUACCCACCUAAUUAUGUAAAUUGCCUUGUUAAAAUGACAUGUGAUUUGUAUUUUAGAUUGCUUGUUCUUAUUUAAAUAUAAAUAUUUCCUGCCUCAGUUUCUAAAUGUAGAUUCUUUAUUGGCUAGUACAUGAUAAGAUUCCUUACUAGGAAAAAUGCUGGGUAAUGGACCUGGUAAACAAGCCUGUUACUAUAUUAAAAUUGAAAAAUAACUUUCUGUAGUUAUUCUUUGUAAAAAUAUUUACUUUCCUAAAUUCCCAAAGAAAUCUUUCCCUUUUGAAGAUACUCAAAACUAAGUUAUGUUGUUGUCAAGUAUUGUAAAAUGGUUUGUCUCAAUUAUAGGGGUAAAAGGCC